AUGUUUGAAAGCAAUGAUACCAUUGCUGAUGACAGGCCUAUCAUAACCAUUGGAUUUUUGGGUGCUUUCAAGUAUGGCUUAACUCUGGGAAAACUAAUAGCCGGUGCCAUACCAUUAGCUAUUGAUAGGAUUAACAGUGAUCCAAACAUAUUGCCAAAUCAUACACUGAGAUUUAAAGCGGGAGAUUCAGGAAUACCUAAUGGAUGGACAGCCAUAAGGAAAAUGACAGAAAUGAGAGAACAGAAUAAUGUGGUCGCAUAUAUAGGUCCCGACCAUAGCUGUGCCACCGAAGCACUGGUAGCCGCCGCUUGGAAUUUACCUUUAAUUACAUAUAAAUGUACGGAUCAUAAGGUGUCCAACAAAAGUAUUUAUCCGACAUUUGCGCGGACACUGCCUCCGAGUUCAAAGAUUUCAAAGUCGGUUAUAUCACUACUAAAACAUUUCUCAUGGAAUAAAAUAUCGUUAGUGGUUUCGGAUACACCACCUGACAGACAGGUAGAAGAGUCUCUGAUCUCUAUGUGUCAGACCUAUGGAGUUAUUAUAAUCAAUAAAUUUUAUUUGCCCGGAGAAUACCUGUCCAAAAAUAAUGCAACCAUUAAAACAAUUAUUGAGAAGAGUUAUAAAAAGACUCGGGUCUAUGUAUUAUUAUCGGAAACGUAUGCAUUGGUAGACUUUGCUCGUGUAAUGCAAGAGCGACAGCUUCUGGACACUGGAAAGUAUGUGAUUAUAUCGGUUGAAGAGGAAGAGGUCUACGAUCCUAACAAAACCAUGCAAUAUAUUAGUAGAGAGUUUGAGUCACAUUUGGAAAAGUUAGAUCCCUUACCAUUCAGAGCUGUUUAUAUGAUAACACCGACGGCACCCAUAAAUCAAAAUUAUUCGCAUUUUAAAACUGAAGUCAAUCAACGCAAUCAGAGACCGCCAUUUAAUAUACCGGCUCAUCCAUUCAUUACAGUUCAGGUUCCCAUUUAUGCCGGUCUUGCCUACGAUGCGGUCAUGAUUUACGCCAAUGCCUUAACACAUGUUCUUUCAAUGGGCGGAUCAGUACUGAACGGCACAGCAAUUCUUGAGGCUAUCAAAAGAAAAUCUUAUAAAAGUAUAUUGGGUUUUGAAGUGAUGAUGGAUGAAAAAGGCGAUGCUGAGGGUAAUUAUACAUUACUUGCGUUAAACUCGAGAUACGGUGAAAGACAAGGCAUGCGACCAAUCGGUGCUUUUUAUUACAAUAAUUCGGAUCUUCCGACUCUUCGAUUAGAAGACAAUAUCGAUUGGAUCGGUGACGGACCCCCUCUGGCUGAACCUCACUGUGGUUUUGAUGACGAGUAUUGUAAAUACAAAAGAGAUUGGAAACUGAUCUUCAUUUUUAGUAUUUCUGCACUCAUUAUAUUAAUUGCAGCCGUUUUUAUAUUUCGACACUAUAGAUAUGAACACAAAUUGACGCGAUUGUUGUGGAAAAUUGAUAUGAAAGAUGUUAUUGUACUCAACACUAACUCAGAAUAUACUCUACAGAAUAUUCGUAAUACUAUUAAUGGCAUUGAUAUGCGCCGAUUAAGUCAUUACGGGAGCAGCUCUUCGGGCCGAUCGGACACUUUCGGACACAACAACAUUAUCGACACUUGCAAUCAAAGUUCAUUUGGUAUCGGCGUCUAUAAGGGAAAUGUUGUGGCAAUUAAAAGGAUAUUUAAAAAAUCAAUUGACUUGACUCGCAAUGUUCGCAAAGAAUUAAUUCAGGUGCGAGAAAUGAGACACGAAAAUAUUAAUUCAUUUAUCGGCGCUAGUAUUGAAUCGACAAAUAUAUCGCUUUUAUUUUUAUAUUGCGCCCGAGGAAGUCUAGAAGAUGUCUUAAAAAAUGAAGACUUAGAUCUGGACAAUAUGUUUAUUGCAUCACUUGUGGCCGAUUUGAUUAAAGGAAUGAUUUAUUUACACGACUCGGAUAUCAUAUCUCACGGCAGACUUAAAUCAUCCAAUUGUUUAGUAGAUAGUCGUUGGGUUCUUCAGAUUACCGAUUAUGGAUUGCAUGAGUUUAGAGCUAAUCAAGACUUUGCUUAUUUCGAUGAAAAUAAACGACAAAGAGAUCUUAUAUGGCGAGCGCCUGAACUCUUGAGGAUAAUUAAUACUCCGUCGAGAGGAACACAAAAAGGAGACGUUUAUUCAUUUGCUAUAAUAUUAUAUGAGAUAAUUGGACGCAAAGGUCCGAUUGGUGGUGAUGUAAACCUAUCUGUCAAUGAAAUAUUGGAGCAAAUUAUUAAUCCGAGUCAUUACGGAAGGAUUUAUAGGCCGCCCGUUAAGGAUAUUAAAUGCGCUCAAUAUAUACUGAGAUGUAUCGAGGAGUGUUGGCACGAAAAUCCCGACUCCAGACCAGACUUUAGAUUUAUUAAUAUAAGACUCCGAGAGAUGCAAAGUGGACUAAAGCCAAACAUAUUUGAUAAUAUGAUAACAAUGUUGGAAAAGUAUGCCUACAAUUUGGAGGGUUUGGUUCAGGAAAGGACUAAUCAAUUAAUGGAAGAGAAAAAGAAAACCGAAAACUUAUUGUUACGAAUGCUUCCAAAGUCAGUGGCUGAACAGCUAAAGAGAUGUGCGGCAGUUGAGGCCGAGUUCUUCGAGUGCGUUACCAUUUACUUCAGUGAUAUCGUCGGAUUCACUCAAUUGUCAGCCAUUAGUACACCACUUCAGAUCAUUUCGUUGCUUAACGAUUUGUAUACACUAUUUGAUGAGAUUAUUGGCAAUUAUGAUGUCUAUAAAGUGGAAACUAUAGGCGAUGCUUAUAUGGUUGUUAGUGGUCUUCCCAUUCGCAACAAUGACAAACACGCGGCUGAGAUCGCGUCGAUGGCAUUGCAUUUGUUGAGUGCUAUUCAAAACUUUGAGAUUAAACACAGAAGCUGUGAAAGACUUAAACUUAGGAUUGGUAUCCAUUCGGGUCCGUGUGUUGCAGGUGUUGUUGGUCUCAAAAUGCCCAGAUAUUGUCUCUUUGGAGAUACAGUCAAUACAGCAUCAAGAAUGGAGUCAACUGGACUUGCCUUAAGAAUACACGUGAGUGAGGCCUGUAAAACAAUUUUGGACAAAUUGGGCGGUUAUGUCAUACAAGAAAGGGGUAUCAUUUCUAUAAAGGGAAAAGGAGAAAUGAAAUCAUUUUGGUUGAUUGGCAAACAAUUGGUAAAUCAUUCAAAGCAAUCAUAUAUAAGCGAUUGCAAUUCUUCAGAAAUGAUUUCAGAUUUUAAAGAAUUACCAUUUGAUUCAAUGGAAGUGAAUCUCAAUGCAAAUAAUAGAUCAAAAAUGACAAACUCUUUGGAUGGCAACAACUUUUUGGCCAAUAUAUCUCAAAAUGAUGAUAACAAUAGUCAUACCAAUACUGUUAUCGUUAAUAUUAAUUUUAAAUCCAAAUCUAAUGGUGUUUCAAAUGAUGAACCACAUGAAGAUCAAAAUCAAAAAGAGUUGAAAAUAAAUAAUAUUAAUUAA